GUUCUGAUGGCUAAGUUCGACAAGAACACCACGAGUCGCGAUGAACUGCCUGAUAAGAAACAGUGUGGUAAGUGGAAGGUAAGCACAUGAAAAUCAUCAUAUCGGAAACACAUUUGUGUAGAUGACUUCUGCAGCUUGUCAACAUAUCGCACUGCCUUCCGAUCUGGUUCUGUUCGACGUUCCACGGCCAAGUGAAAUGGGACGGCGCAUCUGAGCCGUUUGAGGACCGAUGGGAUAUGGCGAAUGAGAUACCCAAAUCGAUUGGCGAACGACCUCGUAACAAGAUUACUGGAGAACCAUGUAAACGGACAUUACGAAGGCUGUGUAAACGGAGCAAAUUAUGGCUGAUGGUUUACGACCUGAACAUGUUAAUGAGCAUAAUCUCCGAAAAAAAAGUAAAAGUCGGUUUUGAUACCGAUGAAAUUCAUGAAAUCUACCCCGCCAACCCCACCUCCCGUACGAAGCUCGCCAAAGUCAAUAAACCGCCAAAGCGAACGACAGGCAGUAACAAGCGAAGCAACCUGAGACAAGCAGGCAGACAGCAAGACAUUACAAACGUCCUACAGACCUUACAGAAACAAUAUCCGAGCGAUAAACCUGCAAAUUUCCUCCUAAGACACUACAGCCAGUCACCUUCAUCAAACAAGAACACCAUGGCUCCCCCCUCAGCUCUCAACAUCGCGACCCAAUCGGUCAACCGCCUCGUCAAGGAGGAGUCGUACUACCACAAGGAGCAGACCUCCCAAGAGGCCCGCAUCAAGAAGCUCCAAGACGAAAUUGCCGCCAACAGCCCCGAGCUGGACAGUAACGCGCCCUACGUUCUCAAGCAGGAGCAAACGGCGCUUGAAGAGACCAAGGCUGUGUUUGGCCCCCUCACCAAUAGGAUUGCUGAGGCGGUUCAGAAGCUUGAGGAGCAGAUUGCUAUUUCUGAGAGUGAGGGUUCUGCUUCCGAGGAGGAUCUGAAGAAGGCUAAGGAGGCGUUGGAGAAUGGUAAGAAGCUGACGGAGAGCGCUUGAGGGGUGAAUGUCGAACGGAAUGGUUUGGACGAGGAAACGAUGGAACCCUUUCUCUAGCAAGUAAUUUAUUCAAUGCGACCUACGGAGUGAUUUGGUCCUCGGAGUCUUUAAAGAGGUCAUCAUUA